AUGACUACUCGGAUCGCUCCCGGCGUGGGAGCGAACCUCCUCGGCCAGCACGCUGCCGAGAGGAACCAGGACGCAACUGUGUACGUCGGAAACCUCGACCCCCAGGUAUUACUUCUUGCUCACCUCCGCAUGGCCGAAUCUUCUCGAGCUUCCUCAUUUCUAGGGUUUACGGUGGCUCCUUUGCUAUCCGUGUGGUCCUGGUACUUGGAAUGGCUGAACUGGUCGUCCCGCUUCUCGUCCUGGCGCCGGCUUCAUGCUUGGUCUUCUCGCCCUGGUGACGCGGUCGGGGAAUCUCAGUUCUCUCGUUUACUCCGAACGCUAAUGCUUCAGAGAAAUGUUUCGUGGAAAUCAUGAUGCUACUAGUGUGAAAAGACAUGGAAAUGCUGCCAUUUUACCCCUUACAGCGGGUGAUACAGGCUGAUGUAGGAUAUAGCACCUUACGAUUGGUGGCCCGUUUCUCUUAGUAAGUAGCAUAUUGAAAAAUGUCGAGGGAAAUUUAAUGGUAAUUGGAUAGUCUUUUCAAUGAUUGGGAACCAUAUCGGGAGUACGGCUCAAAAACCUAAAUUAAUUUAUUUUUUGCAAGUUUUUGAUUACGUGGUAUUCGAUUUUUCCGUUGAUUUAUUGUAAUCUUUCGCUAUCCCAUUGCAGGUUUCCGAGGAACUAUUAUGGGAGUUAUUUGUGCAAGCAGGACCUGUUGGUAAGCUCUAACACUCUCUUAAUCCUUAGGCACAGGCUCCCGUUACUGAAAAUAUUAUCUGGAGCCAUUAGAAACGAGAGCGUCCGUGUAUAUAUGCACGUGUGUAAACCCUGGUCUUUUUUAUCCGGGAUAAUAGAGGAACUUGACUGAAUAGAGUAGGACCACGUGACUUAUUUGUGCCCCUGAACAUUCCACGCAAACACUUUUUUGUUUCCUAAAAAAAUUUAAACACUUUUAUUGCAGUAAAUGUCUAUGUGCCGAAGGAUAGAGUAACAAAUCUUCAUCAAGGAUAUGGGUUCGUUGAAUUCCGGAGUGAAGAAGAUGCUGACUACGUGGGUAUAAUCAACCAUGAAAUUGCCUUUUUGGCACACUGUGACGCUUCAAAAUCCUUUGUGAUAAUUUUCUUGUGACUAGACGGCAGUUGUCAACUCACCUGUGACGGUAUCUCAUUUCUCGCAGGCAAUCAAAAUUCUAAACAUGAUCAAGCUUUAUGGAAAGCCAAUACGGGUGAAUAAGGUGUGUUAUACAUUUCCAUGUUAAUAUAGUUAUUUUGGUCCGCCAUAUAUUUUUCAUGCUUCAUUUACUUUCCCUGGAACUCAUUUUUCUAUCAUCUUCCAUUUUCAAGAGCGUAGUAGAAUCAUGAUGUGGAUAUCCUUGUGUUUUCAUUUACCUUGUCCAAUUUUUGAGAUGUCGUUCUUCGGUGUUCCUGCUCGAAUGAAUGAAGAUGUAUGGGUCUUUCGUAGUUGAGUGUUUUUCAUGCGAUUUUUGUUUGCCUUUGAUUUCAUCAUCACUUCAAUGUUCAAACAGUGCUCACUGCAAGUAGAUGAAUGUUGCAUUGUUUGAAAAAUCAUUACAUACUACGUUUUCCUCAGUGUGUGCUGCCUAAACUUCUGAAUGCUUCAUACAAGCUGCAUUCAUGAAUAUAAUUGAUCGCCUCAUGUUUUCAUUCAAAGUCUAUUUCAUCAUUUUCACUUUUCUUACUGAUCAAUUUUGCAGUUUCUUUGGAAUGAAUUCGUUGAUAUCUUGCUUCUAUUGUAGGCUUCACAAGAUAAGAAGAGUUUGGACGUAGGGGCAAAUCUUUUCGUAGGGAACCUUGAUCCGGUAUAUACGUCUUUCAAUUCUCUCUCUCUCUCUCCCCACCAACCCACUCAAUUUUCCCCCCUUAUUCCUUUUCGUGCACAAACUCGCAGAAAGAAAACUGCUCACAAUUCAGGAAAAUGUCACAGUCAAAUACAUGUGCAACCCUGAUAUUGAGUAUUUUAUUGCUAUUUAUUUACAGGAUGUGGAUGAAAAGCUCCUCUACGAUACCUUCAGUGCAUUUGGUGUCAUCGUUAGCAAUCCAAAGGUAAUUAUUAUGCUUCUAUCCUGGCGUGUUUUACUUCCUUGUGCUCAUCCACACAAUAUUUCUAGUGUGGACACAAUCAUCUUAAACUAAUACUACUGACGGUUCAUCCUUUACAAAACCGUGCUGCAUUCUGAGAAGUAUUUUCUUUCUUGUUUAUUAGUUUACGCAUAAUCUUUUUCAGUUCUUCUGCUUAUCCUAAUUUAAGAUAUUUUUCUACUCAUGCAGAUAAUGAGGGACCCUGAAACUGGUAACUCCCGAGGUUUUGGUUUCAUCAGUUAUGACUCUUUUGAGGCCUCUGAUGCUGCAAUAGAGGUAGGCGCUUGUUUACUCUAAGCUCAAUUUUUACAGAUCAUUCUGCUGAUUACUUAAUUAAUACUAUAUAUAUCCCAUUAUUUUUUUAUGUUUCUUCUGUUCUUUCCUUUCGUUCUUGUAGGCCAUGAAUGGGCAGUACCUGUGCAAUAGACAGAUCACGGUUUCAUAUGCUUAUAAGAAAGACACAAAGGGGGAGCGUCAUGGUACUCCAGCAGGUCUGUUCCUUAAAACUUUCAAAAGAAAAAAAACCCCAAUUUUUCUCUAAACCCUCAACCUAAUUUUAGAUAUCUAUGUAUUAUUUAUAUCACUGAGAGCAUAUAUAUUGAAAACUGAACAAUUUAAAUAUAUUUGAAUUCAAUGAGAGGUUUGAGAUGUUCUGCAAUCUCAUCAUAGCCUGAUGCAUGUGUGAAACUCUCAAUACCCAUUUCUCCUUUUCCUCGAAAGAGUACGGAUUUUUGCUAACUUUAGAAGUAAUUUUCUUCUUACUUGUUUGCAAUUCCCAGAGCGGGUUCUUGCUGCAAGCAACCCAGGAGUGCAGAAGAGCCGGCCCCACACGUUGUUCGCCAGUGGGCCGCCUACUCUGCCCAAUGGAGGACCUGCAGGCGGUCCAAUGGGUGCGCCGGGCCCUCCCAGGCCAUUUUCCAAUGGCCCGAUGCAUCCAUCUCCUCUGCCACCGGUUCGGCCGCCUCCCCCUCAGGCCGGGGUCUACGCCACCAUGCAGAUGGCAGCACAGCCACCAUGGCCGGGGCAGCCACAGCAGCAAGUUCAACCACAUCCCGCCAUGGCACCAAUGCCACACCAACAGUUCAGACCGCCGCCGCCGCCGCAAGGUAUGAUGCCGCUGCCUCAGGGAAUGAUGCCGAGGCCACCACCCCCUCCGGCAGGAGGUGGUCUGCCACAACCCAUGUGGAGGCCAAUGCCACCACCGCAGCAAAUGAAUGGAAGGCCCAUGCCCCCCCCGCCACCCAUGCCCAUGAUGCCAAAUAUGCCCCCACCGCCGCCAGCCUCCACAUAA